UUUCACGCUCCCAACCAAAGUCAGAAGAUCUGAAACAACCACUAACAAUCAGAGCCCCAAAAAAAAAAAAAAAAAAAAAAAAAGAAGAGAGAGAGCAAAGCCAACACCCAAAAAAAAAAAAAAAAAAAACCCACAGAGAAGAGCUCACCCUUCUCCCUCUCCAAUGGCGGCUGCUUCUUCCUCUACCAAAUUCAUCUUCCCACCUUCAAUCUCUUCGUCGUCGCCUUCGUCUUCUUCGCAUCAAUCGAGAUCGAAGCUCCUCCUCGCCUUCCUCUCUCCAACCGCCGCCACCGCCUCCCCACUCUCCCUGAAGCUCUCCCGCUCCCGUUCUCAUUACGGCCGUGCCCCCCGCCGCUCUCUGAUAGUUACCGAUGCUCUCAAAUCCGCCGAAUCGACGGAGACGUCGGCGUCCAAAUCUAGGAGCGCCGGGCGCGGAGGCGCCGGCUCGGCGGAGGACGGUCCGACGAUCCUGGUCUCCGAGAAGCUCGGAGAGGCGGGGCUCGAGGUCCUGCGCGGCUACGGGCGCUUGGAGUGCCUGUACGACCUCUCGCCCGAGGAGCUGUGCAAGAAGAUCUCGUCCGUCGAUGCGCUGAUCGUGCGCAGCGGGACGAAGGUGACGCGGCAGGUGUUCGAGGCGGCCAAGGGGCGGCUCAAGGUGGUGGGCCGCGCCGGCGUCGGGAUCGACAAUGUGGACCUGCAGGCGGCCACCGAGCACGGGUGCCUGGUCGUCAACGCCCCCACGGCGAACACCGUCGCCGCCGCCGAGCACGGCAUCGCCCUCCUCGCGGCCAUGGCUCGCAACGUGGCCCAGGCGGAUGCCUCCAUUAAAGCUGGAAAAUGGGAGAGAAGCAAGUAUGUGGGUGUCUCUCUGGUUGGAAAGACAUUAGCUGUCAUGGGAUUCGGUAAAGUGGGAUCAGAAGUCGCGAGACGGGCAAAGGGUCUAGGAAUGACUGUCAUAGCGCACGAUCCAUAUGCGCCAGCUGACAGAGCCCGAGCCAUGGGUGUGGAAUUGGUAUCUUUUGAUCAAGCCAUUGCUACUGCAGACUUCCUUUCUCUCCACAUGCCUCUCACGCCUACUACUUCCAAGAUUUUCAACGACAACACAUUCUCCAAGAUGAAGAAGGGAGUUCGCAUCGUAAAUGUUGCCAGGGGAGGAGUUAUUGAUGAGGAUGCACUGGUCAGGGCUCUCGAUAGCGGAAUAGUUGCUCAGGCAGCACUUGAUGUCUUCACGAAGGAACCCCCACCAUCAGACAGCAAGUUGGUGCAACAUCCUAAUGUUACUGUCACACCUCAUCUGGGAGCCAGCACAAAGGAAGCACAGGAAGGUGUUGCUAUCGAGAUUGCGGAGGCUGUUGUUGGAGCAUUGAAUGGAGAACUUGCUGCCACUGCGGUCAAUGCUCCCAUGGUUCCCCCAGAUGUUCUAUCCGAACUGGCUCCUUAUGUGGUGCUAGCUGAGAAGUUGGGUCGGCUAGCCGUGCAGUUAGUGGCAGGAGGGAAAGGAAUUCAAUCUGUUAGGGUCAUCUAUAGGUCAGCUCGCGACACAGAUGAUCUCGACACAAGACUUCUUCGAGCAAUGAUCACAAAGGGCAUCAUCGAGCCGAUAUCAGCGUCGUUCAUCAAUCUGGUCAAUGCAGACUAUACGGCCAAGCAAAAGGGCCUCCGAAUAGUUGAGGAGCGGGUGAGCGUGGACGCCUCCCCGGAGUCUCCCAUCGACUCAAUUCAAGUGAAGAUAUGCAAUGUGGAAUCUAAAUUCGCAAGUGCAGUCACCGAGGGCGGAGAGAUCAGCAUCGAGGGGAAAGUGAAGGAUGGGAUCCCUCGGCUUACUUGUGUGGGCUCGUUUGGGGUUGAUGUGAGCUUGGAAGGGAACCUUCUGCUGUGCCGGCAAGUUGAUCAGCCAGGCAUGAUCGGCCACGUGGGGAACAUACUCGGCGAGCGUAAUGUCAACGUGAGCUUCAUGACCGUGGGGCGGACUGUGCGCAGGAGACAGGCUAUUAUGGCAAUUGGUGUGGACGAGGAACCAAAUAAGGAGACCCUCCAGAAAAUCGGAGAAGUCCCGGCUAUCGAAGAGUUCGUCUUCCUGAACCUAUAAUUCAAAAUGAUGCACCUCGAGGUGUCGAGGUCAAUUUCUCUGAUGAAUAAAGCUACCGGCCGGAGAUUCGUGGCAAUAAGCUCUGUUCCUAUCAUUGCAGAAGCGGCGGUGGCAGUUGUGUUACCGUGAUUUCCAGAGUGUUUAUUGUGUCCCUCCCUACUCUCAUCGUUCAUCUUCUAGUCUUUAGCAUUACCGGUUUUGAGAGUGUGCCAUGGUUGUUUGUUGUAUCCUUCUCGUGUGAUAUCAUGUAGAACUGUAUUCUUCUUCUCAACUUUCUUCCUCAGAUAUGAAUGAAGUAUUUCUUUUGGGAGAAA